UCGUGGUUUUAUUAUCUUGCCUGAUAGUGCUGUACACAGCAUAAAUAUUAAAAGUGCAUGAUAUGUUCUACCAUGAAAUGGCCUCCAAUGCCGGCUUCAACCAUUAAUAUUGGAACCUCACUCACUCAAUCUGCAUAUCAUUUAUUCCUUCUCUGAAAAUGGUGACUCGCUCAUCUGCGACUCAGUUUCUGAUCCUCGCUUUCUUCGUUCUCUACGGUGCGUCCACAUGUACUCACACUGCAGCCCAAGAACUUCUCAAGGGCUUCAGAGCUACGCCAAAUCCUUCCGUCUCGUCAUUCCAAUCUCUCCUCAACGAUUCCACCGGAAAUUUCUCUCUCGGGUUCCUCCGAAUCAACCGCACCCAACUUGCGCUUGCAAUCCUCCACGUCAAGUCAUCUGAACCACUCUGGCUUGCCAACCAAGCCACCUUGGCUCGAUGGCAUGACCGGACCCAACUCAUCUUCAAUGGGAGUCUUGUAGUUUCUGAUCCGGAUGAAGGGGUAUUUUGGUCCACCGGAACACAGGGAGACCGGGUUGUCCUCCUCAACACCUCCAAUCUGCAAAUCCGAAAGUUGGACAAUCCACUCUCUGUACUCUGGCAGAGUUUUGAUUUCCCUUCAAAUACAAUCGUCGAGAACCAGAAUUUCACUGCUAACAUGUCGCUUGUUUCGUCGAACGGGAUGUACUCGAUGCGAUUAGGUGAUAACUUCAUGGGUUUAUACGCAAAGUUCAAUGAAGGUACGGAUCAAAUUUAUUUGAAACACAGAGCUUUACAAGCAAAACAGACUAUUAUUGAAGGAAUACCGAUUUACGCCCGAGUCAACCCGGACGGGUUCCUGGGUAUGUACCAAACAGGAAACACGCCCGUAGACAUCGAACCUUUCAUGAGUUUCAACAGUUUUCAGAGUUCCGAUAACGGAUUCCUUAUGGUCCGAUUGGAACCGGACGGGAAUUUGAAAGGGUACAAUUGGGACGGAUCAGACUGGGACUUGAAUUACCAGGCGAUUCGCGAUCAGUGCGAGUUGCCGAAUCCGUGCGGUUCGUACGGUCUGUGUUUGCCAGGGGAAGGUUGCACCUGUUUGGAUAACCGGACGGACUUUCAUUCCGGUGAGUGCUUCGCUCCUCAGUCCGGCAACUUUUGCGAGGAAGGAGAAGCGAAGAACGAUUUCUGGAUACUGAGGCGGAACGGAGUCGCAUUACCGUUCUCAGAGUGGAUGAUUUAUGAAACGGUGUCGUCUUUGGACCAAUGCGAGACCAUUUGUGACGGAAACUGCAGCUGUUGGGGGGCGGUCUACAACAACGCAUCCGGGUUUUGUUAUCUGGUGCACUACCCGAUCCAGAGUUUGGUGGGUGUGGGUGAUUUGAGUAAGGUCGGGUAUUUUAAAGUAAGGACUAUUGCAGAAAAAAAGAGGGAGGUGGGUUCUGGAGUCGGGUUUGGAAUUUUGGGAUUGGCCAUUUUGGGUAUGAUUGGUGCAAUCGGGUUCGGAAGCUAUCGGGUUUGGAGUAGAAGGAGAAGGGAUAGCCGGAUCCUAGAAGAGGAGGGUGGGUUAUCACCCGGCCCAUACAAAGAUCUGGGGUCCGCUAGCUUUAGGUCUAUAGAGAUGAGUAAUAGAUAAUGACGUAAGGGAUGACGAUUUGUCUAUAUACAAAGUAGUGGGGAUUUGACUGACAUAAUUGUGGAUCAUGGCUAAACUCCCCACUCCCUCCGGGUUAUUAUAAAAAAAGACUUCCGAACGUUUUGUCAUUUUGCGUGCUGGUGGGCCCUUUGGCGAUGGUGAUAUGGAGGUGGAGCCCAGAGCCCCAAUGGGUAAGGCUAACACACAGUGAGCUUUCUAUAUGUUUGUGGCCCACAUGAGACGUGCCCGUGGAGGUUUUUUUUGUCUGUAUUAUGUUACAAAUCCUUUGGUUUUUGUCAUUUUUUAUUGUUCAAACAGUCCAACAUGUGGAAAAGAAAAUUCUAAUGGUUAAGUGAUGUUGAAAGUCACUUCAUUUUGUCAAUAAAGCAUAGGACCUAGAAUUGGAUCGGA